ACGUAUUCUCAACUCAGAGAGCUGAGAGCGAAAGCUAACAAUAGAGGCAGACAAAGACAAAUCCAUCAAAACAAACGAUCCAAAACCAGUUUUUCAAAAAGAGACGUUACCCCAAUGGCACGGGCCCAUAUCUUCUUCUUCUGAAAGUUCAAAAAUCAAAUCUUUCAACCCCAACCAACAAAUGUCUUCUCUUGGUAACCCAAAGGCUUAGCCUUUUUUUUUGUAUGUUUUUUCAGAGCUAAGGAAAAGGGUAGUUGGUUAAGUUGGUACCCUUUCCAAAAAUGGAGGCUUUGUUGAAGAAGAAAGAUGAUUGGACUGAGUCUGCGAGUGAGUUGAGUAGUUGUAAUAGUGGUGAGUCUAAAGAGGGUAGUAGUAGUAGUAGUUCCAGUAGAUCAAGUUCAGGGAAUUUGGUUGACAAAGUUAAGGUUAAUAAGGCUAGAGUGUCAGGGUCAGGGUCUGCUUCAGCUUCACCUCCUUCUCUUUUGGGUUGGCCUAUAAGGAGAGCUAUUGCUACUACUACUACUACUCCUGCUACAGUGUCAAAGAAUUCAGAUGUUGCUGAUGGCAAUGGAGAUGAAGACAAGAUUAGUAACGAAGAUGACAAGUUUAAAAAACUGAGUUCAAAGAUUAAUGUAGAGAUUGACAUGAUGAAGGAGAGGUUUGCAAAAUUGCUGCUUGGUGAAGACAUGUCAGGGUCAGGAAAAGGGGUUUGCACAGCUUUGGCUAUUUCAAAUGCCAUUACCAAUCUCUGUGCUACUAUAUUUGGGCAAUUGUGGAGAUUAGAGCCUAUACAUGAGGAGAAGAAAUCCAUGUGGAAAAGAGAGAUGGAGUGGCUUAUUUGUGUUAGUGACCACAUUGUUGAAUUGAUACCCUCUUGGCAAAAUUUUCCAGAUGGAAGUAAGCUUGAGGUCAUGACUUGCAGGCCUAGAUCAGAUAUUUUCAUCAAUCUUCCAGCCCUGCGUAAACUAGAUAACAUGCUUCUGGUAAGAACUAACAAUGGUUGUUUUAUGAUUCAUGGUUGUCUUAAUUUUGGGUAUAAGUUUUUGUUUACAACUAUAAGAUGUGCUUUGCUGUGGCAGGAUAUAUUAGAUAGUUUCACCAACACAGAGUUUUGGUAUGUUGAUCAAGGGAUUAUAGCCCCAGAGGCUGAUGGAUCUGCCUCCUUUCGGAAAACACUGCUACGCCAGGAGGAGAAGUGGUGGCUACCUGUGCCCCGUGUGCCUACAGGCGGUCUCAGUGAUAAUUCAGGAAAGCAAUUGAACCACACACGUGAGUGCACAAAUCAAAUAUUGAAAGCUGCUAUGGCCAUCAACAGCAUUUCUUUGUCAGAAAUGGAAGUUCCAGACUCGUACUUGGACACUCUUCCAAAGAGUGGAAGAGCUUGUCUAGGAGAUCUAAUUUACAGGUAUAUUACAUCCGAUCAAUUCUCAGCAGAGUGCCUGCUUGAUUUCCUUGAUCUAUCAUCUGAACAUGUUGCUCUUGAGAUUGCAAACCGUGUUGAAGCCUCAAUAUAUGUGUGGCGUCGAAGAUCUCACUCGAAGCCUCCAAUCAAUCCAAACCAAUCUACUACAAAGUCAUCAUGGGAAAUGGUAAAAGACCUAAUGGUUGAUGGAGACAAGAGAGAAUUUCUAGCAGAAAGAGCCGAAAAUCUCCUGCUUUGCUUGAAACAGAGGUUCCCUGGUUUGACUCAAACUGCCUUGGAUACCAGCAAAAUCCAGUGCAACAAGGAUGUCGGAAAGUCCAUUCUUGAAAGCUAUUCAAGAGUUCUGGAAAGCCUGGCAUAUAACAUUGUGGCACGCAUUGAUGAUUUGUUAUAUGUCGAUGACUUAACGAAGCAUUCAGAAAAGUUGGCAUCGGUUCCUACAGUUAGUGUAAUUGCACACAAAAAGGUUUCAAUCCCAUAUUCUGUGCCUGCCUUGAGCAGUCCCUACAAAACAGCAAUCACCACCCCAAGUUUUUCACCUGCACCACUGAUCAGCCCUGCAAAGGGAGAGAGAACUCCUUUUCUCAAGGAGAACAACAACAACAACAACGCCAACAACAACAGCAAGCCUCCCCGCCGUGGCUUUGGAGUGAAGAGGGUCUUGACUAAUUAUCUUGGAGUUGAUUCAAAAGCAAAGUUACGUGGCAAUCCAACAGAUGGUUCAUCAAUUCUGAACUCAAACAGUACUGAGAACUCAGGGAAUCAAAAGGAUCAAAUUAUAUCAAAACAAUCAUCAGCAUACCAGAAUAGGAUCAGAAUGCUACAAAAUCCUCCGCGAUAUACUGUCACUUGAGAUUUUCUGAGAAGAGGAAAAGAAUAAGGUAUAACAAAUAGAAUACUUAAUGACAGAAAACUUCUGGUUGUAGCAAAAUACUGAUGCGUACGAGUUAAAUUUUAUAUUUUUUUGGUUGUGUUCCUGAUUCUUGUAGUUCAUUUGAAGCAGCUGCUAUUUAUAUCAAAGCAGUCUACUGUUUUUAAGGGUGUUAACUGUGUGUUAAUAUGAAUGUAACUGAGAUGACAUAAAAUAUAGCCAUGAGAUGUUUGUUCACAUUUUCUCUACUGCUUAUUGUGCAUAAAUGGUUAUCAUAAAAGUCAAAAGGAAAACCAUAAAAAUGGGGGCCAUGAGAUGUUUGUUCACAUUUUCUCUUCUGCUUAUUGUGCAUAAAUGGUUAUCAUAAAAGUCAAGAAGGAAAACCAUAAAAAUGGGGGCAUUCCGAGAAUUGAACUCGGGACCUCUCGCACCCUAAGCGAGAAUCAUACCACUAGACCAAAUGCCCUUGUUACCUGUCCAGAAACAGGAGUAGAAAGAAUGUUGUAUCCAAGGCAAAACAGGGCUGCACAGGAACAUCCAAGGAGAAAGAAGAAGUUAAACUACAAUGACUUUUCAAAAUGGCAUUGCC